UAAUGCAACUAUCAGGAUGCAGGCUGUCGUAAAAUCUCAGAGAAGAAGAAGGCAAACUUCUCUGCUUGUAACAUUUAAGAAGUGGAAUACUCUAUGGAAAUACUUUACAAUGGAUGAUCGUCAACUGGAUCUCACCGAAGAGCAAAUAGCAAUCAAGUCCAAAUACCCAGCUAUCAAUAAGAAAUAUGAAUAUUUGGAUCACACUGCAGAUGUACAACUCCACUCCUGGGGUGAUUCCCUGGAGGAGGCGUUUGAGCAGUGUGCCAUGGCGAUGUUUGGUUAUAUGACCGACACAGAGACCGUAGAGCCUAUUGAUACGGUGGAAGUAGAGUCAGAAGGGGAAGACAUGGAGUCACUUCUAUUCCAUUUCUUAGACGACUGGCUGUAUAAAUUUAGUGCAGAUCUUUUCUUCAUUCCAAGGGAAGUAAAAGUCCUGCACAUUGACAGAAUGCGCUUCAGAAUCCGAUCCAUUGGGUGGGGAGAAGAGUUCAGUCUACCCAAACAUCCACAGGGAACUGAGGUCAAGGCGAUCACAUAUUCAGCUAUGCAAAUACACGACAAAGACAAGCCAGAGAUCUUUGUCAUUAUUGACAUCUGAGGAUGGAAAAUUUAAGCCGUCAACCAUCAAGAAAACCCAAACACAUCUAUUCACAUUUUACUUGUGUUUGUGAAGGAAAAGAGUUAACUUAGUAAACAUGGUUUCCAUGCCAUGCACUUGAUUGGACAUUGGACAUAUAUAUUCUCAUUAUUUGGUACCUUUGGUACAAUAUUCUCAUUAAGACCAUGUGUAUGCUAUGUAUAUACUGACAUUGAUUUGUACACUGAUCAAUAUUUAAUAAAAUCAUUUAUAUAACUAGUAAAA